AUGCCUACAGAAGAAAAGAAAGUUAAUUAUGAAAGAAUGCGCAUAUAUAGAGAAACAAGUUCAGUUCACUCCGUAGAGACAGUUACUAUUCCACCACAGUCCAUCCAGAUGAUAAAUAUAUUUACUCCAUAUUCGAAGAAUUGCAGUAAAAUAGGACUGUUAGAAACAUCAACACAUUUGGGAAAUAGACUCGCAAUCACUCUAGGCAUAAUAAACAUGGAUGUUAACCCAAAAGACAUACAAGUUAUGAUUUAUCAAGACGAACCAGUAAUGCUGUAUCCACACGCUAGAUUAGCCACUUUUGAAGCAGUUAACAUCGAACCUACAAAGGAUACUGUCAGUUGCCGACAUAUUAGUGGAGGAGAUAGCAAAGACAAAUUGGUAAUCCCUGAUCAUUUGGGAGAUCUCUAUAAUCGACGUAUCCAGCAGUUAUGGCCAGCAAAUAAAACUAGCUACACUCCUGUGGAGCCGCGGUGUCUCAGUGAGUUAGACGCUUGCUCGCUAACCUGA